GUAGCACAGUGUUGCUGUGGAGUCUUUGUGAUCCUGUUUAUCGGAAACUAUUGGUUCCUGGGUGCUCUCUAUGUACUAUGGCUGUAUUCUGACUGGGAGACGCCACAGGCUGGAGGGAGAAGAUCACAGUGGGUGAGAAGGUGGACUGUUUGGAGGUUCUUCAGGGAUUACUUUCCAAUUCACCUUAUCAAAACAUCAGAUUUGGAUCCAAGCCAUAACUAUCUGUUUGGAUUUCACCCCCAUGGUGUCCUUGUUGCUGGAGCCUUUGGAAACUUUUGUACAGAAUAUUCAGGUUUUAAGGAGUUAUUCCCUGGCCUUACUCCAUAUCUUCACAUCUUGCCCUUCUGGUUCAGAUGUCCCUUCUUCAGAGAAUACAUAAUGUCUGCUGGACUGGUUUCGGCAUCCAUGAAGAGCGGCUCUUAUGUGUUGAAGAAAGGUGGCGGUGGAAACAUCUCAGUGAUUGUGAUUGGAGGUGCAGAAGAGUCUUUGAACGCACAUCCUGGAAGUUUAAAUCUGAGCAUCCUCAAAAGGAAAGGUUUUAUCAAGAUGGCUUUGAAGUGUGGGGCUCAUCUGGUCCCAGUAUUUUCGUUUGGAGAAAAUGAACUGUUUAAACAAGUUGCAAACCCCAAAGGAUCAUGGCUCAGAAACUUACAAAGUAGAAUGCAGAAAGUGAUGGGGUUUGCUUUACCACUGUUUCAUGCCAGAGGAAUCUUUCAGUACAGUUUUGGCUUGAUACCUUACAGGAAACCUAUUCACACAGUUGUGGGGAGCCCCAUUGCUGUGAAACAGAGCUCGAAUCCUACAGCUGAAGAGAUUGAACAGCUGCAUCAGACCUACUUGCAAGAACUAAAAACAUUAUUUGAAGAGCACAAAGGAAAAUACGGGAUCCCACAGCAUGAAACUCUUGUCUUUGAAUAACUGAAAACUCAGGGAAUCUAGGUCAAAGGAAAGUUGCCUCUGUAAUUGUUCUUGUAUAAGACUACCCUGUGCGUGUUGUAUGUGUGUCCAUUAGGAUGGGAUUAGUGGAUAUUCUCUCAUUUUUAGUCAUGGAAAACACCCUAAUUCAUUUGGGGUCUGAUCCUGCAUCCCAUCAGAUGCGAGUGGUCCCUAUAGGUUCAUCUGCAGGCAAAGUUGUUGGUACUUUUCCUACCAUUGGCUUAGAUGCUAUGCGGGUAAGAACAUCAUUGUAGAUGGGAUACAGAUGUUCAGCACCAGAUCACCUAAGCCUCUUGACUGAUGGAGCUGCACCAAAAUGAGCUCAACAAUGAUGCUAACAAACUGGGCCCUUAACUUCAGCUGCUUUGUUCCUGAUGCAUUACCAAAGGAAUAUCUUGAUGUUGGGGCAUUAACCAAAGUUCUUUUCAGUGUGGCAUCAAGUUGCUUUCUGAAUAUCAAGAAGUACAUGUGCUAGCCUCUGAAGGAAAAGCUGUGUAUUUCAAGUGAAUGGUCAUCAGGAACCAAAUGCAAAUACACAAACAUGGGGACAGUUUGUGGUUGCUCUUUUUCAAAAUGGUGUUCUCAGCCUAUAAGCUACUAUACAACAGGUUCAUCUCAUCUGAGAGGGUUGACAGGGUUUUGUGGAGGGAGGUGUGUGUGUGUGUGUGCAUGUAUUGGGUGGUGGGGGAGAGAUCUAGAUAACUUUUUUUUUUUUUCCAGUAGAGACUACAUUUUGGGUCAUGGGUUUCCCAGAAAAAGUUGCUGUAUUUUAGAAGUUCUGUUCUCAGGAAAUGGCAAGCAUUGUACUACAUGGGAGACAAUCUGCUUCAGAGACCAGGAGGGAUCUUUGAUUUCCUUUCCACCCUUCCUCCUACAGACUUCAUUUUACAAAUUAUUGGAAGACUCUCUUAGGGCAAACAUCCUUAAUACACAGUCUUGUUCAGUUCAGUUCAGUUCUACACCAAGGAAGAUGUAGUCCAGAAGCUAGACCAAAGGACUGGGAGUCAGAGUGUGAAAUUUUAU